AUGGAACCCUCUCAACUGAAACUCUACGAUGGAUACGAGGAUGUGUACCAGAUGGAGUAUAACAUAGGAGAAGCCAUCAAAAAGAAGACGAAUGAAACCUGCGAGACUGUGGACAGCAGCGGCUACUUCAGUUACUGCGAGCUGGCAUACGAGACCCUCCAGGAGAACGAGCGCCCUGCGAGAAAGCUCGUUUUGAGUGGUAUCACGCGAGACAUUCCGCCUUCACCAUUCACGCUGAAGUUCUCUGGUCUGUACCCGCCAAGCACGAACCUGACAAAUGCGGUGCCGCUCUGGUACAUACAGAUUGCCUCAGGCUAUCCCAAAACACUGAAAGAGAAGGAAGACCAAGCGACACUGGAUGACACAUACCAGAAAAUCAUUCAUGAUUUGUACGCGGCGGACGAGUGCAUUGGAUGGACAUUUCGUCCCUUCAUUGACAAGCGGCUGAGGGAGUCGAAGCCGAAGAUUAGCCACCAGUCUUUUUUCUACACGCUGCCCCUGGGAUUGCUGCCCACAAUCGUUCGCGGUUCACCGUCAGACGGUUACCCAUUUUUUCUGAACCUUACAUUUGGCGUCAACACUUUCGCCACGGGAGCGACAGUCAACUUCACCUUUCCACACGUGCUGUUUAGCGGCGAAGGCGCCUCAGCCACAGAUCGCUACGACCCGUUUCUGCGAGAGUUCCUCGUGAUUCCGCCGCCAGAACUUGUUUCCACCGAGGUGGAGGGUCGGACUUCCGUUAGAAUUCCAGAUAUUCGACUGAGACGUCAAACCCCACUAUCCUUCUAUUUAACCGUUCCUGCGCUCGCGGCCUACGGAAAGCUCAGUCCCGUCUGGAGUGAGCCGACAGGGACGGAAGAGUAUCUCGCGAAACAUGGUUGGGGUCUCGUCGUAAAGGACAAGAGAAACAAGCAACUCCUCUCCACCUUCAGUUUCCCAGCUCCUGUCUACAACCGGCGGAUGAUCGGCGGGGUCAUUGGUCCUGAAUUUCAAAGUUGGGAUAAGGCGAACGGUCUCGAGAUGGCACUCAUUCGUCUGUACUUCGGAGCCAAUCUGCCGCUGACAAGGAUUCGCAUUCUCAUCAGCGUGAUGUCUAACCCUCUCGACGCGGUCGACGGCGCCGUGAUGAACAGGAAAGACGCGAAUAUUUGCACUGCCGUGCUCCGAGGUCCUGAUGCCCCACUGAUCGUCCAAGUUUCCUGCCCAUCUCGCACUCAAGAAAUCUACCAGAUUGACGUUUCCAUGCAGAAUGGGGAGAGGCGUUUCCCUGUUGGAUGGUACGUCGCAGGCGUGGUGCCUCAGCAGACGCCCGCGGAUAUCUCCUGGUUCAAAGUUCGUGUCUAUGACUCUGAGCAAAAGUUGCUGUACGACACAACCCUGCUCUCCGAUCGCAUGCAGCGCGUCGUGCAGCAAGAGCCUUGCAUCAAUCGCCUCUCCAUCCAACGAAUCAAACACCCAUUCACUGGUUACACUUCACAGCUAAAGCUUACAUUUCAGUUAUUCAACUGCUACAGCCCUUCACAGCCUCUUCGUCCUCUGCCUCAACAAGUGGAGCCGCUCGAGGCUCGCGUGCCCGAAAAAGAUGACUGGCCUAAAAAGGAGUACUUCAGCUCUGUAAACAUCACCAGACCGAAUCGAGACGAACAACGUGCCACACAGAGAGCACCGUUGCGUCAAGCCAUGGGAAGUCACUCAGGGAAUCGCGAGAGCAGUUCUUGUUCCCCGACAAAGUGUCCAGCAGAAGACCUAAGAUCGUUGUUGACAGAUUUGAAUCAACUCGACCCUCCGCACAAUAUCAACCUUCUCAAGCAACCGGAUUUGCUGCCAUCAUCUCCCACUUUGGCCGCUGCUUCUGUGUAUUACAAUUUUCCGACUGCGGAGCAGGCAGGCCUCGCGCGUCCGCCUUCCACCCGCAGAGACGCCCCGGCUCAUCGGAAUCCCAUGUCUCUCCACAUUUCGAAAAAGAAUGCAGCAGAAAACCCGCAGGAGAGCCCUGGAAGUGUGGAGACGCAAAUCCGGAUACAUGUCCACAUUGUGGUGGAUGAGGGGACUUUGAGUGAAGAAGCAGUCAACGCUUUCAAGAGGUUUGUCGCCAGGAAAAUACUCAACCGGAAAACAGGAACUCUCUGCCAGAAUUCCAAGGGCAUCUUCUGCUAUAUCUACUCUUGGACUGCUGACAAAACCGCUGUAUCAUGGGAUACACAAGCUACUCUACCUGUCCCUGAUUUCACCGAUGAGAGCAUCCCUUCUGACAGCGGCGCCUGGGACGUUUUCGAUCAGUUGCGAACACUUAUCAGCCAUGCCACGAUGGUGCCUUGCAAUGGUAAAGCCGCUCGCAUGAACUGGGUCAUUCUUUUUACCCACUACAUUUCGGCGAUGAACUACGAGUUGGAGGUGACCGCGACUAAUCCGGCGACCUACACGCUCCACGAUAGGACCGCAGAGCCGCUGCACGCAGUGGUGAUUGGCUGGAAUCCCGAUCCUCCAGAGAAAGGCAAGAGUUUGCAAGACCGCCUGGAGGCUCUUCCGUUUUCCGACACGCGUCGGGUCUUCGUUGGCGCCAUGCAGGAUAUCAGAAUGAGCAAUCUAAUCGAAGACCCUGUGUUCAUGACCUUUCUUUUUCCAGAGGCGACCCAGUACCUUGCAGGCCACGUGGGCGCUCUCCAGCACUUAGAGGAGGUCCUGUUCCUAAUUCAAGAAGAGUAUGCAGAGAGCUUUGUCUCUCUCGACAUAUGCCGCCACCCGCUACCUCCGGACGGACACAAGUUCGGCGCGUACGUCAGUCGGCGAGCAACGAACUCCGAAGAACUCAUCCGGCCCAUUGAGCUUCUGUACAAUGGAAUUGUGUUCGACCGAUUAAACUGGACUAUUUCACCUGCCGAGGUCGGCGUGUACACAGCGGCGAAGCUGAGCUGGCAGUUUGAAAUGGCCUGUGAGGGAGAGCUGGCGACGCAGGAGACAAGAUGAGCGCAAAUUGAGGGCUUUCUGUGUUCAAGAAGUUGUAGGGUUAAUCUUUGAACAGAAUCGAAAACACCUCCGGGAACCCGCUGUAUCGAUUCUUUUGGCGACGAAGAUGUCCGACAACUUAGACGUCGGUCAAAGAGUCUACGUUAGGCACCCUGAUGUUGUCGACGUGGAGUCAGCCUCUCAAAACUCACCUGUGUCUACAUUUAUGCACACGCAUGUUUAACCAUGCAUGUGC